AUGGUCCACAAAAUCCUCUUCUGGUCCGGCUUCGGCGUCGCGGUCCGCCUCUGGCAACUAGGCAUUGAAAUGCGUCCUUUUUUCAAUAAAGAAUCUCUCUGGGCCUACCCCGUCUUCGCCGCUGCGGGAGGCAGUUUCGGCUACUGGUUGACUGGCGUGUCAGCGCGGCAGAACGCAAUACUGGCUGAGCGGAAAAAGAACCUUUUGGACAAGAGGAGGAGGCGGGCGGAGAGGGAAGGAACGAGCGAGGAGACGAGGAUUGCACAGGGUGGUGUGCACGAGAAGCCAGUGGGGACCGGAGGGAGUGACGGAGCUGAUAUGAUGUGA